AUGGGCUGCUGGAACCUCGCUGAGAUCUCCACCACUGCGGUGGCCGAGUACGAGCCGCCUGCCACUGACGAGGAGAAGAAGAUGGUCGAGAUCUGGGAGAAAGUGCUGAAGGUUCAGGUGGGCGUGCUCACGCCCUUCGUGGCCUAUGGGGGCCACUCCCUGACGGCCGUGCAGCUCUGCUCUGGUGUGAAUGCUGGCUUCAACCAGAGGCCUGACUUGGUCUACCUGAUGUCGGAGGACUGCACUGUGAGGGCCCUGCUGGCGAAGCUCCGCAGCGAAGGCGCCCAGGCAAAAGCCGCGGACGAGGGCUGCGUGGUGCGGCUGUCUCCCGAGGGCCGUGGGGGCCUCCCGAUGCUGAUCUUCUGUGCCGCCGGCACCUCCUCGGCGACCUACGGCGGGGUCGCGGAGCGCGCCAGUCGGCUUCAGAUCUUCGGCGUAGAGCUGCCCGGCCGCGGCCGGCGCGUUGAGGAGCCGGCUGUGUCGGACUUUGAAGAGCUUUUCGAGGCUUUGAGGGACGACGUGAUGCGCUGGGCGAGGCGACAGAAGCGAUUCUUCGUUUGGGGCGACAGCCUGGGCGCCGUCCUUGCCUAUGAGUUUGCCAAGCUCUGGGAGGCCGACCCAGCGACCAGCCUACUGGGCCUCUAUGCUUCGGGUAACGCUGGCCCUCCGGAGGCGAGCCGCGAGCGUGGCAUGGGUGAGGCAGCCAUGAAGCACCUGGGCUACGAGGGCUCCUGUCGGGACAUGACCGAAGAGGACUGGAAGAAUUUCCUGCUGGCCUCGGCGGGCACGGGCCGGGCGGAGUUGGAGGAGCUGCUGCAGAGGCCUGAGCUGGUGGAGAGCAUCGUGACCCCAGUCAGAGCCGACUGUUUGGCCUACGAGUCCUACCGCCUCGCGAAAGUGGAGCGCAUCCACUCGCCGAUCAUCACCCUGCGAGGCGGCCGGGACGUCAUCACCUCGCCGCAGGCCAUGAGGACCUGGCAGGAGGUCGCGGGAAGCCGCUACGAGCACAAGGAGUUCGGGCAGUUUGGCCACAUGCUCGCGCGGGAGUGCCCUGCGCUGCUGGCGGAGCUCUUCGAGCAGUACUCGCUUCCGGACUUCACACACGAGCUCCGCCACUUCGAGACCUUCCGCACGGCCUACAGGCUGAUGCGCAGCCGGGCGCAGCAGCAUGGCUCCUCCCAGAAGGCCAGGGACAUCCGUAAGAGCAUGCGCGUCUGCAGCCCAACCAUGGGGGCCGCCAGGGUGCCCGUGGACUUUGAGUUGAAUGUGUCGGACUUGGACUUCAACUUGGACCUAUUGGACGACAUCACCCCCCCGACAAAGGAGGUCAAGGUGAUGCGCGUGGGGAACCUCACCUGGCGGAAAGGUGCGGCGAUGGGCAAUCCAACACGCCUGCCAUGA